AUGUCUCUGUUUUUUUUUUUUCUUUCAGGUAUCUCUGGGAAGAGUCAAAUCUUGUUUGCUGUUGUAUUCACGUCACGAUACCUAGAUCUGUUCACUAACUUUAUCUCCCUCUAUAAUACCUCUAUGAAGCUUGUAUAUGUUGCAAGUUCUUAUGCCACAGUAUGGAUGAUCUACAGCAAAUUCAAAGCCACGUAUGAUGGGAACCAUGACACCUUUCGUGUGGAGUUCCUCAUCGUCCCGACUGCUAUUUUGGCUUUUCUUGUCAACCAUGACUUCACACCUCUAGAGAUUAUGUGGACUUUCUCCAUUUAUCUGGAGUCUGUUGCUAUCCUGCCACAGCUGUUCAUGGUCAGCAAGACUGGGGAGGCAGAGACCAUAACUAGUCAUUAUCUCUUUGCUUUGGGAAUCUACCGUACUUUGUAUCUCUUCAACUGGAUCUGGCGCUACCAAUUUGAGGGAUUUUUUGAUCUGAUUGCACUUGUUGCUGGACUUGUGCAGACCAUCCUGUAUUGUGACUUUUUUUACCUAUACAUUACCAAAGUUCUGAAGGGGAAGAAACUCAGCUUACCAGCAUAA